AUGAGCGUGUUGGCCACGAAUGGAAUGGAGUCGUCCCCGGGGAUGGCGGCAUCGGAGUGGAGGAUCCGACCUCUUUCCAAAUCCCUGGAGCUGCCGCAAGAUUUCAGUGCCGCCACGAGAUGGCCGAGGCUACUCACCCCCGAUUUUGGCUGCUGCAAAUGCAUUGUCCGCGACUCAAGCUCUACCUAGAACCCUAAAAUCUCUUUUUUCCCGCUGGAAGAUACACCGCCUUUCGGGGAGAAUAUUCAUCCGAGAAUAUUCUCUUUCCCGAACACUCAAGAACCAGGGCAAGAGUGUUUUGGUUCGUUUGAUGGCGACUAUCGCCCGGGUGAGAUUCCUCCGGCAGAUCACAGGCGCCACGGAUAUUCUAGGUCGCCAGGGCUUCCAGGCGAGCGCGCGGGGAUUCUUUGCGGCGGCGCAUUUGUCCCCGGGAUCAUCCAGCCUCGACGAUGGCGCCAGGGGCAGGAGGGAGAAUUGGAAGGUCGCCAAGGGAUUGGCAGCAGGAGCGGCAGCUUCGGUAUCGUUCGCGGCGUCGAUGAUGAGCGUGGCGGCGGCCAAGGAGAGGCCUCCCACCGAUCGCAUGCCAAAGGAGGUGAUCUUGUAUCAAUACGAGGCCUGCCCCUUUUGCAACAAGGUGAAAGCUUUUCUCGACUACUAUGACGUUCCAUACCGCAUUGUGGAGGUGAAUCCUCUAGGCAAGAAGGAGAUUGCGUGGUCGGAGUAUAAGAAAGUUCCAAUCCUUAUGGUAGAUGGCGAGCAAAUGAAUGACUCGACUGAAAUUAUCAGCACUCUCGAUGGAAAGCUCAAUCCAAAGAGGUCGCCGGCUCUUACAGCAGCAGCCAAGGAAGAGGAAGAGAAAUGGAGGAAAUGGGUGGACGGUCACCUUGUUCAUUUGCUCUCGCCAAACAUUUAUCGAUCGACCAAAGAGGCUCUGCAAGCGUUCGACUACAUCACUCGCGAAGGUAACUUCACUGCUUGGGAGCGAGCCACGGCCAAGUACGCUGGAGCAGCGGCAAUGUACUUCAUCUCCAAGCGUCUAAAGAAGCGUCACAACAUCACAGACGAACGCGCCGCCCUCUACGAAGCCGCUAAUACGUGGGUGGAGGCUCUGGACAACAGGAGUUUCAUGGGUGGAUCUAAGCCAAAUCUCGCCGACCUUGCGGUGUUUGGAGUCUUGAGGCCCAUCAGGAACCUCGACUCCGGGAACGACAUGAUCGCAAACUCCAAGAUCGGUGCGUGGUACUCGAGAAUGGAGCAGGCUGUGGGAAACUCCGCGAGAGUUUUAGCGCAGGAAGCUUUCAAGACGCAGCCAGUGGAGAUGUCAACAUAGCUUUCAGCCUCUUUUCUUCGGUGGAUCGAUCGAGCCAUAGAGAAGUUGCAAAGUAGAGCCACUAGAGAGAAAAUAAGAACAGUGGAUGUUCUUCGCAGUUUUGGAAUAUACGGUGUCGUACGUGGCUGCA